AUGGGGAUAUUAACUACUCAAGAUAAAGAAAAAGUUAAACGGGCUAUUCCAAAAGCCAACAAUAAAAUAAUCGAUGCAACGGUGGCUCGAUUAUAUAUUGCUUAUCCUGAUCCUACUAAAUGGGCUUAUACAGGAUUGGUAGGAGCAAUUGCAUUAGUUGAUGAUUUAGUAGGUCAUACUUUUUUUUUAAAAUUAGUCGAUAUUAUUGGUCAUAGAGGGGUUGUAUGGGAUCAAGAAUUAUAUGUGAAUUUUGAAUAUAAUCAAGAUCGGAAAUAUUUCCAUACUUUUGAAAUUGAAGAAUGUUUUGUGGGAUUAUUAUUUGAAGAUACUAAUGAUGCUACUCAUUUUUAUAAACGAGUAACUACUCGACAAAAAUAUGGAUCUAGUGCCACUGUGAAAAAUAAAAGUGCUAUUGCCUUGAAAGAAAGAAUUGGAUCAAAUAAAUCUUAUGAAAUUCCUGGUCCCAGAGGAGAAUUUAUGGAUGUGAAUACUGCUCAACGACAAAGAAGGGCUAAAGGAGUAUUAUAUUAUGAUGAUGUCCCACCACCAGAAUGGAGAUCAUUAUAUGCUGAAUUGGAAGCAGCAGGUAUUACUGAAGAUAUGAUUGCUGACAAUCGACAAUUUAUUAAAGAUUAUAUUUCUCAACAAGGUGGUCCUUUAGUUGGAUUAGAACCUCCAAUUCCAAGAAAAUUUCAAAGAAAACAUGAAAUUGAACAUUCGAUGGCUAUUGCUGAACCUUUAACAGUAUCAAUAUCUUCAUCAUCGUCAAACACAACUUCAAAACACAAAAAAGCACCACCACCACCUCCGCCACCGCCACCGUCAGGACCAACAUCCCAGCAACAACAACAACAACAACAACAAUCAACUACAGUUGAUCAUCAUUAUCCACUGAAUGAAUCAAAAGAACCUUCUUAUUCACCAUCACCAUCACCUACAUCUACAUCUACAUCUACACCUGAACCGGAAUCUCAUGAAAUAACACCAGCAAAACCAAGAUUUAGAUUACCUCCAUCGACAGCUAUUGCUCCCCCAGUAAGAAAUACUUCACUACCACCUAAUGGACCUCAAUUUAUUGACAAACCAUUACCUAAAGUACCAUUACCAUUAUCACCAGUAUCUCCACAAGCACCAAAUCAUGCCUACCCAACAACAACAAAUACAAAUACAAAUACAAAUACACCAUUCAACCAUUCUGUCCAUCAAGUUCCACCUCCUCCACCAGCAAGGGCAACACCACCAGCACCACCUCCACGAGCAAGAACUAAUCAACUUGGAUUACCACCCAGAAAUACUCCUGGAUUACCACCAAGAACUAAUAAUACACAACCACCACCUGCACCACCACCGAGAGCUUCAAGAGGUGCAGUUCCACCACCACCACCACCACCACCUAGAGCUACUAGAGCUCCAAUGCAAUUACAACUUCAAAGUUCACCACAAAGCUCACCCAUAUCACCACCAGCACAACAGCAACAGCAACAACAAUAUCCAUCAAUUCCACCAAGAGAGAAUACCAGUGCUAUUAUAUCAUCACCACCACCAGCACCUCCAUUACCUCAACAACCUAGACCUACAAUUGCAACACCUCAACAACAACAACAACAAUUACCUCAAGCAACAACCAGUUCAGUAGCCUCACCAGCACCUCCACUACCACCUCAAAUGAAUCAGACCACCCAACAGACACCAGCAACUACUACUACAACAACAACAACAACAACGCCAUCUAUACCAGCGCCUCCACCUCCACCACCAGCGCCACCAAUGCCAGAUAUGUCAAAUGACACAAGCACAAGCGCUAAUACUGGCGGAGGAAUUUCUGAAGCAACAGGUGACGCAGGAAGAGAUGCUCUUUUGGCAUCAAUUAGAGGUGCUGGUAUUGGAGUAUUAAAGAAAACUGAUAAAUCUCAAUUAGAAAAACCAAGUAUAUUAUUACAAGAAGCAAAAGGUGAAACCCCUCAAAUUAAUUCAAAUACAGGUACUAGCAGUAAUGCACCACCUGCUACUUUAGCCGAUGCACCACCUGCUACUUUAGCCGAUGCACCACCUGCUACUUUAGCCGAUGCAUUAGCUUCUGCUUUGAAUAAGAGGAAAGAAAAAGUUGCUCAAAGUGAUGAUGAAGAAGAUGAUGAUUGGUAA